AUGGCUAUGGGUUUGCAUAAUAUAUCGUCCAUUCAUUCUUCUUUCUUUGGAGAGGCUCAGCCUCCACUGCCAAGUCAGUGGGGUGAGCAACAAGAUAUGCCUAGCCCACGGGCAUCUUCUCUCUUACAAAUAUGGCGAGAGCUUGAGGGUGAGCAUGGGGUGUAUCGUUCUUGUAAACCAAGGGAACAGAGGAGUGACAGUUCAGAUUCUGACCGAUCAAGCACUCUCACCUUGGAUCGGCAAGGGAGUGAUAAGGGGGAUGAUACUUCUGAAGCAGCCAUCGAGAUUGAGAAUCAAGUCCGGAUAGGAUCAGAUAACGAGCAAGAGGAUAAUAACAGUACUAUUACGGAACAAUCUACUGAUUUGGGAGAAGUUGAACGUGAAAGAGUUAGGCAAAUUUUUCAUGAAUGGAUGAAAGGUGGUGCUAAGAGUCAUCCACCUAAUGCUCAGCUUAGAAGCAUCUCAAGGCCCCAAUGGCUCGGUGAGAAUGAGUGUGAAAGGGUGAGAACCGUUAGAGAAUGGGUGCAGAUGAAUACCCAACAGAGAAGCAGUUGUUGCUCGCAUAUAGAUGGAGACAGUGAAGUUGGUUUUCAGAUUGAACAGAUGCACGAUGAAUUGUCAGUCAACCAUUCCAACCUUGGUGCACGGAGGCCUAUUCGAAGAUUAUGUGGUAGACAGACUCUUCUAGAUCUUUUGCUGAGGGCUCAGAGCGAAAGGAAAAGGGAACUACUGAAAUUGUCCGAGUGCAGGCCAGUUUCAGAAUUUCCUCAUCGUAAUCGCAUUCAGGCGGUUCUUAGAGGUAGUUUCCUGCGAAACCAAAGACUAAUCCUGGACAGGAGACCUUCAUCUGUGGCUGCAAGUGAAUUGGGUUUGCUAAGGCAAAGACAUACAGUAUCUGAUCUAAGGGAAGGAUUCCUCUCCAAAUUCGACAAUUCUCCUAGUACCGAGGUGAAUGGCUCUCAGUUUGAUGUGUCUUUUAAUGAUGAAAGUAAUGGCCAAAGAGAUGAGCGAUCUCAAUCACUCGGUGAGAGUGAGCUCACAGAUGAAGACAUGAGUCAGCAGGAAUCUGAUGUACAAGUUGCUGAAGUAGAGGUGCCAGUUUUGGACUGUGAAGAAAAUGUCCGAGAAGUGUCAUCCAACAAUGGACAUAUUAGAGAGAAUGAUGUCACUAGAACCUGGGAGGAGAAUAAUACUAAUGAACGGUCGUUUCAAGCUGAUCAAAUUGAUGGCAGUGCAUACAGAGAAGUUUUACUUGAUCAUGAUGAACCUAGAAGUAGGGCAGGUUAUGUGAAUGAGUUAGUUGGGAAUACAUAUAAUAUCGAACGGCACACAAAUGAUGCACAUGUCACUGGACACCUUGAAUUCGAUUGGCAAGAUGCUUCAGUUCAAAGAGAUGAGUUGCAAGAGUCAGUAAUUGAAUUUGAAGAAAGUGACUGGCGACAGGUAACCAGUGGUGCAUUUAGUGACUGGAUGAAUGGUAGUGAAGAAGAUGUGGGUGGAAGUUGGGAAGAAAGCACUGCUAAUCAGUGGUUUCAGGGAACUUCUAAUAUUGAAAUUGUCGAGCCUGAUCAGAUAGGAGAAUCGCAUGAGAACUGGCAAGGGCAAGAUUUGCAAGAGGCUAUUGAUAGUUGGCUAGACAUGCCUUCUGGAGAGGGAAGUUCUAUUCCGAGAAUUGGUUCGUUUAAUUUCCCCGAAGAUGAAAAUAUUUACAGCAUGGAACUUAGGGAGCUUUUCACCAGGAGACGUGUCUCUAGUCUUCUCCGAAGUGGUUUCCGCGAGAGUCUCAACCAAGUGCUGCAGUCCCAUGUGGAACGUCAAGGUCAUGCUUCUAGUAACUGGGAGCUAGAAAAUACAUCUCCAACCUUAACCAAUACAGACCAGGAACAACUGAACGGUGAUCAAAAUGCAGCUCACUCGGGUGGUGCUGAACGAAAUCCAUUCAUUUCCUCUUCAUCACUUGUCUUUGCUUCUCAGCCACUUUGGGAUGAAGAGUUUCGGAGUGCAAGUAGACCACUGAAUUCUCAUCAUUGCUUUGGAACUGACUGUGAGGUGAUCAAUGAAUUGAGGAUUGACAUGGCUAGGCUUCACCAAAAGAUGACCAACAUGCAAAGCAUACUGGAAUCAUGCAUGGACAUGCAAAUUGAGUUGCAGCGUUCAGUGCAACAAGAGCUUUCUGCUGCUUUAAAUCGAUCAAUUGUUUCAACAGGUAUAUGUUGGGGCAAUAUGCCUAAAGAUGAAUCUCUAUGGGAUCAUGUGAAGAAAGGAAUAUGUUGCAUAUGUUGUGAUUGUAAAAUAGAUUCUUUGCUCUACAGGUGUGGGCACAUGUGCACCUGUUCAAAAUGUGCAGAUAACUUGAUCAAAGACAAGGGGAAUUGUCCAAUGUGUGACGCGCCAGUUGUUGAGGCAGUCCAAGCUUAUUUCGUACAGUAA